AUGUGAGACGCUUGUCACCACAGACAGAGAUGUAGAUUCUGCACAUACCUAUGAGCUCUGCCAAGGUACAAAAGCUGAUCCCUUGACCAGGAGAGGCAGAUGCUCAGGGGGCUAGAGGGUCUCGCACUAGCAUCGACGUGCGAGCACCGCGGAACUGCCCUCCCGACACACAGACAGACAUUCUCACCGAUGCAAAACGACAACCAUACUGUUAAAGGCAAACACAUAGCUAUAUAUGUAUAGAAAACACACUCACUCACACAUUUCACUCACUAUUUCACUCAUUUUGAUCUCACUCACUAUUAAAGGAGUUCAUCAUAUGACAUAAAUUGCACUAAAACACACCUUUGCAGUCAUUCUGUUAUGAAAAAAAUCUUUUGCUUCUGGAUUGCAAAACUCUCAAUUAAUUUUCUUGAGAGACAAAGAAGCUGGCAGAGACAGACAGAGUGACAGACCCCGGACCAAUGGUAAGACUCAGUAUCUUAUUAGUCCAACCUCUUUAAUAGAUUGGGAUCAACAAGUUUAACUAAAUGCUUUGGAUUAAUAACUAACCAAAUUGUCAAACACAGCGAUGUUUUGAACAUUGAUAUUUAAUGGUUAAUGAGCAAAUGCUACAUUUGUGCUACUGACAGCAGUGCAUUAACUCACUGGAUUUAUUAAAUUAUUUGUAAAUUAAAUAUUGCAUUGCUUAACUUCAGUCUUUUGGCAGGAUGUCUCUUUACUGAUGUAUUUUCAGCCUGAUGAUGUAUUUGCGGUAUAGCAUGUCAGUCGUUUUUUUCAGCUACCUUCUUCCUUAUUCGCUCUGGCUUUCUCAUUGGUCAUCCCCCUACUACCCGCCGCUACACCCCAUUCCAAAUCCCAGAAUGCCUCAGGUAUUCUCUGUUUUUCUUGAAAAGGUUUAAUCUUUAUAUAUGUCAGAUGUAGUAAUAACAGCAUCAUCAUGAUAGUGUGUUUGCCUAAAUGGUAUAUAGCUGACAAAGCUUAGAAGAAAUUUAAGCGUAUGAUUUGCCAUAUGUGUAAAGUGAUAGUGCUCCAUGGUGUUCUAUGUACAAGCAUUGUGCAUUGUGUGCCCAGCAGGGGGCGCUUAUCCUGGCUCAAAGUUCUUACAGGAAGCUCUUAGGAGAGCCACUGAGCUAACCAAUGCCGCAUAUGCCCAUACCAGGGAGAGGGUGAAGAUUCUCCUGUCAGAGGGCUCCCUCAGCCCCAGUGACCUGUUGUCCCAGUUCAAACAUGCGGGGCCGAGGACCAGAACCCACGUGCGGGCAGCAGAACUGCUGGACACCACGGUGGAAUUAAUCAGAGAGAUGGUCUACACCCACACCAUGACCCAGCACAACUUCACUGAUCUGCUGAGUGGGAAGGACAUGGAUGAGCUGCUGCAUGCCACAGGCUGCUCUGCUGAGCUGCGCCCCCCCCUCUGUGAGACGGACUGCUUGUCAAACCGCUAUCGCACCAUCACCGGGGAAUGUAACAACAGACAGCACCCUCUGUGGGGGGCAGCCAACACCCCUUACACCCGCUGGCUGCCUCCACAGUACCAGGAUGGGAGGGCGGUUCCUCGAGGCUGGGAUCUCCAGUAUGGUUAUCAUAAUUUCGCCCUCCCCCCGGUCCGAGCAGUGUCACAGCAGAUCUUGUACACCCAAAAUGAAGACAUAUCAUUAGACUCCUCGCUGUCCCACCUGCUAGUGGAAUGGGGCCAGUGGAUUGACCAUGACCUGGUCCUGACCCCUCAGACCUCAAGCAAAUCAGCCUUCCGCACGGGAGUCGACUGCACCCACACCUGCAGCCGCGACACUCCAUGCUUCCCCAUACAGAUCCCAUCCUCAGACCCUCGUGCCUCUGCCCAAAGCUGCAUGCCCUUUUUCCGCUCAGCCCCCAGCUGCCAGGUGUUACCGCUGUGCCACCGCGAGCAGCUCAACGCCAUCACCUCCUUCGUGGAUGCCAGCAUGGUGUACGGCAGCACGGAGCCCCUGGCCUCUGUACUCCGUAACCACUCCAGCCCCUUCGGCCUGCUGGCCCACAACCUCCAGCACUCUGACCAGGGACUUGCCUACAUGCCAUACCUGCCACGCCAGCCCUCCCGUCCAGACCCAUGUGGCCCACGCCAAGGGCUCCACUCCACUGAUCUGGAACCUUCUGCAGACCUAGGCAACUUUACGUCAUGCUUCCAGGCAGGAGACACACGGGCCAAUGAGCACUUGGGAAUGAUUGCACUCCACACCCUGUUCCUGAGGGAACACAACCGACUGGCCCAGGAGCUGCACCUCCUCAACCCCCAUUGGAGUCCUGACACACUGUACCAGGAGGCACGCAAGAUCCUGGGUGCAGUCCACCAGGUUUUGACAUGGAACCACUACCUGCCACGUGUGCUUGGGCAGAAGGCCCAUCUGGAGCUCCUCCCACCCUACCAUGGUUACCAGCCCGACACAGACCCCAGCAUCGCCAACGCCUUUGCCACAGCAGCCUUCCGCUUCGCCCACGUGACUGUGCACCCCGUGGUGAAUAGGCUAGACCACGGCUACCACCCCAGCUCCCACCACCCUCCUCUGCCCCUGCAUCUCUCACUAUUUGCCUCCUGGAGGGUCAUGCAAGAAGGGGGUAUAGACCCUGUCCUCAGAGGCUUGCUGCUCUACCCAGCCAAGCUGCAGACGCCGGGUCAGAUGAUGGUGGAGGAGCUCACAGAGCGGCUGUUCCAGGCCCAGGGGGGGCUACCACUGGAUCUGGGCGCGCUCAACCUGCAGCGGGGGCGGGACCACGGCCUGCCCGGUUACAGCGCAUGGAGGCAGCUGUGUGACCUGUCUGUCCCGACUACUGUCACUGAGCUGGCAGGCAUACUGGGCAGUGCCAAGCUGGCACAGAAGCUCCUGCACCUGUACGGGACCCCACACAACAUUGACCUGUGGGUGGGAGCCAUCUCGGAGCCCGCCCUCCCUGGGGGCCGUGUGGGACCCCUCCUCAGCUGCCUUCUGGGAAAGCAGUUUCGCGCCCUUAGAGAUGGAGACCGGUUCUGGUGGGAGAGAGAGGAGGUUUUCACUGGUGCCCAGAGAGCAGAGCUCCGAAGGGUGUCACUGUCCCGUAUCAUCUGUGACAACACUCGGCUCGGCCACGUGCCCCCUGAUCCCUUUGCCCACAGUGCCCAUGCUGGAGACAUGGUGCCCUGCUCACACCCCCUCAUCCCCUCCCUGAACCUCUCAGCCUGGAGGGAGCCUGACACAGACCCCAGAUGUGGUUCCAUUCCCAGACUGCAGUUUGGCUUCUCUCUGCUCUGUGGCUCCGUCCAGAUCUACCAGUGUCAGCCAGGCUAUGCCCUUAUUGGACCAGCCUCCAUCACAUGUGACCCCAGCGUGAACCAGUGGAGUCAGCUUCCUCCUACUUGUCAAGAUGUAGAUGAAUGUGCCCAGGAAGUGCCACCCUGCCCAGUCAAAGCGCAGUGUGUCAACACACCAGGCUCUUACACUUGCACAGAGAUAGUGAGCCCUGAGGCGCUGUCUGUCCGGACCCUGGUGGUUGCCCUGGCAACUGUGAUUGUGGCCAUUUUGGUGACGCUGUUGAUGGUCACAUGCUACAGAAGGUCUUUCAUCAAGAACUUUGAGCCUUUUUUCGGUGGAUGUUGUCAGAGCAGCAGCCUGUGGCCCAUUCGGGUCAAGGAAGAUCAUACCUCCACAGGGGACAUGUGACACCAGCGGAUAUCGCUGACCAAGCUUUCGUGUUUCACCAGAGCUCCGCUGUCAGUCAACAGGGUGACAUGUGUGAUUGUAUUUAACCUUAAACGUCAAAUCAAUCAUGAGAUUUUAUUUGUAAGCCUUAACCAACUCUUACAUGUCAAAGAAUAUCAUGCAGAACAGUUGAUCUCAAACUGUAGCCCAGCAGUAAUAAUAAAUAAUAAUUUGAUGGCACACUCUGUUCAGAGCAAUCCUCAUUUCAGAGUUACUUAUGUGAGCAUACAUUAGUUGUAGGUGAAUCCCUACCUUAAGAUGGUUUGAAGACCCCUAGUCAAGGAGAAUAUAAACGGUACCAGUCAGAAGUCUGGCCACACCUAGAUGAUCGUUUUUCAACAAGAUAAUGACCUUAAGCACACCUUAAGUGUGACAGAUGACCUGGACAUAUCCCAAGAGUCUGAAAAGGUGUCACCAAAGUGAAGGGGGGCUACUUUGAAGAAUGUAACAUUUUAAGAUAAUGAACAGUUGUUGAUUGUUGUAAUAUUUGCUAUGUAUUACUUCAUUUCCUGUAGGCCUUUUACUAUGUAGUGAGCUAAACAGCUAAAACAGGGAUUAAUGCAUUAAAGGCAGAUGUCCAAACUUAACUGGUUCUUUAAAUGAAUGUGUAUUUAUUUAUCCAUUUUAUUAGAAAGUUAACAUUGUAUAGCUUUUAUUUUUGUUAAUGUCACAUAUCUUAUACUUUGGUUGUAUUUAUCAUACAUUUUAAGUCAUUUUUCCCCCAUUGUCACCAUUUUGACUUUUCCAUUGUCAAAUAAAGGACAUUUUAAUGGGUAUAUAUUAAGCGACACUUUAAAGAUUGCAGCACUGUAGUCUGACGUUUCAGACAGUAAUUACUUAAUCGAGACAUUCUAUUAAAGCAACUAUUAAAGCAAGUAAAGGCGAGCAAUUUACACUAAGGGCGAGAACAAAAAACUGAACACUAUUGUGUUGGUUUGUAAAAAAAUGCAUGUAUGGCUGUCAAUGUUAAUGUGUUAGCAUUCAUUUUAAACAUCUUAUACUUUGCAUUACCCCAAUAGAACAGUACAGUAUGAGCAAAGAUUUGUAAUAGGUCUGUAGUACUGGCAAGCUAGAUUUAAAAAUGAAAAAGCCUAAAUAUCCAACAGUACACAGGAUCUAUAUGUUUAGUAAAACAGUAAAACAGGAUCUAUAUGUUUUUGGAUAGCUGGAUGACUGAUAGGGAUUGGCUCUUCACCGACCAUGUUACCAUGUAGUGCUCUGAGUGGGUAAAUUGUUUAUGGAAAUUAAAUAUGACAAUA